AUGGAUUUGCUCCAUGCAGAGGUCGACGCACAAGAUCUAGCCGCCAUCGUCACCGAUCUCCAAAUAGUCACGGCACCCGAUCCCCAAGGCGGCGAUAAAGAUAAACUGCGCCUCUGGACUCCGGGAGAUGGGGAAUAUGACUUCAGGUUGUGGGGAAAGCUUAUCAACGUCGAUUACGAACUGAAAGGCAAAUCCGACCAAAGCAAUUUCGAUCGGGAAUUGGGCCUGUACACUUUACCGAAUGAUGUUGACCCUUUUAUCACGAAUAUCGCCAUCAAUGCCAAUAGGAUCCCCGUGGGCCUGGAAAAUAGCGGCCUCGAGCUUUCAGACUUUUCGAUGUCCUGCGGUUAUCGAUUCACAAAGAGUUUAGAAUCUUCAUCCGGUUAA